AUGCAAUACUUUCGAACUUUCAUCCUUAGCCGCCGCCCUCUUCACAAAACACCAGCCGACAGCCUUGACCAAGAUUCUUUCUCUUUCUUCCUUCCCCACUCUAAUCUCUCUCUCUCUCUCUCUCGAUCGCUCGAUCGAUCGAUCGAUCACUCUCUGUAUUGGUGCCCCAGUCUAUUUUUUCUGAGUUACUAUCUAUGUUCUCUCUUUUUCUCUAAUUUUCUAUACAUGUCUCUCUCUGUCUCUGUCUCUCUGUCUGAGUUGCUAACUCUAUUUACCCACAUCUCUCUCUUGAUUGCUACCACAGAUUUUCUUCCUCUUUUAGUCCGAGUUGAUUUUUCCGUUCUCUUUCUUUCUUUGAUUCGCAAUACGUAUUUACACACUCUCUAUCUCUCUCUCUCGCUCUCUAUCUCUCUCUCUCGUAUUGCUAUCCCUGUUUGUUUUUUUCACUUCCUCUCUCUUACUCGCUAUCCCUCUUUUUUCUUUCUGUCUCUCCCUGAGUUGCUAUGCCUCUUUUUUUUAUCUCUCCCUCUACUCACUCUCUCCUCAAUUGCUAUGUUUCGUUUUCUCUCCAUCUGUCCUCUUCUCCGAGUUGCUAUCCCUGUUUGUUUUUCUCACUUCCUCUCUCUUAAUCGCUAUCCCUCUUUUUCUUUCUCUCUCUCCCUGAGUUGUUAUGCCUCUUUUUUAUCUCUCCCUCUACUCACUCUCUCCUCAAGUUGCUACUCCUGUUUCUCCUCCCUCCCCCUCUCUCUCUCUUUCUCUCUAUCUUUUACUGAGUUGCUAUCUUUCUUUUUCUCUCCAUCUGUCCUCUUCUCCGAUUGCUACUACUGUUUCUCCUCCCUCCCCCUCUCUCAUUCUUUUUUCUCUCUUACUGAGUUGCUAUCUUUCUUUUUCUUUCCAUCUGUCAUCUUCUCCGAGUUGCUAUCCCUGUUUGUUUUUCUCACUUCCUCUCACUUAAUCGCUAUCCCUCUUUUUUCUUACUCUCUCUCCCUGGGUUGCUAUGCCUCUUUUUUAUCUCUCCCUCUACUCUCUCUCUCUCCCCACAAGUUGCUACCCGUAUUUCCCUUCCCUCCCUCUCUUUCUCUCUCUCUUACUGAGUUGCUAUCCUUCUUUUUUCUCUCCAUCUGUCCUCUUCUCCGAGUUGCUAUCCUAGUUUGUUUUUCUCACUUCCUCUCUCUUAAUCGCUAUCCCUCUUUUUUCUUACUCUCUCUCCCUGGGUUGCUAUGCCUCUUUUUUAUCUCUCCCUCUCCCCAAGUUGCUACUCCUGUUUCUCCUCCAUCCCUCCCUCUCUCUCUCUCUGAGUUGUUACUCCUGUUUCUCUCCAGUUUCCUCUCUCUCCCACGCUAUGAGGCCAGAUUCUUCCGACAAGGCGCUGAUAAACGGCUCUUACUCAAAACUCAAUUUAAAGGCUCGCAUAAGGAAGCUGAACGCAGGUCAUUAUUCUUGGAAUCGCAGGAGUUAAGCACAACUCUUUCACUGUAUGGUGCCGUUUACUCUAUCGGCAUUUGCACUGCGGCACGCACUUAUCUUCUUCAUCUGACAGACCAGCGCUGGUUCAUUUGUUUCGAAUCUCUCUCUCUCUCUCUCUCUCUCUCUCUCUCUCUCCCUCUCUGCUGCUGCUUCUUCUUCUUCUUCUUCUUCUUCUUCUUCUUCUUCUUCUUCUUCUUCUUCUCAUCCUUCUUCUUCUUCUUCUUCUCCUCAUCCUUCUUCUUCUUCUUCUUCUUCUUCUUCUUCUUCUUCUUCUUCUUCUUCUUCUUCUCUUCCUUCACCUUCUUUUAUUCUUUUUUUUCUUCUUUUUUGUUCUUAUUCUUGUCUUGCUUGUUCUCGGUCUUUUUCUUCUUCUUUUUCUUCUAUUUUUCUUCUUAUUCUUUUUCUUUUCCUGUCUUUUUCUUCUUCUUUUUUCUUCUAUCCAUUCUUCUCGUUCUUUUCUUUCCUGAUUUCUUCUUUUUUCUUCUUCUUUUCGUUUUUUUUUCUUAUAAUCUUUAUCAUUCUCCUUCUUUUCUUUUCUUCUUCUUCUUUUUUUUCUCUUCUUUUUGUUCUCAUCUUUUCUUUCUUUUUUCCUUCUUUUCUUCUUUUUUCCUGCUUUCUUCUUCUUCUUCUUCUUCUUCUUUUUUUUUCACUUUUUUCUUCUUUUUUCUUAUCUUUUCUUCUUCUUUUUUCUUCUUUUCCAUUCUUAUUCUUGUUCUUGUUGUUCUUCUUUUCUUCUUUUUUCUUCUAUCCAUUCUUCUCGUUCUGUUUCUUUUCCUGCUUUCUUCUUCUUCUUCUUCUUCUUUUCUUUUACUUCUUUUUCUUCUUUUUUCUUAUAAUCUUUAUCAUUCUCCUUCUUUUCUUCUUCUUCUUCUUCUUCAUUUUCGACCUGUCCUUAUCUUCUUGUUUCUUUCUAUUUUCCCUUUACUUCUUUUUCUCCCCAUCCCCAUUCUUUCUUCUUCUUCUUCUUCUUCUUUUCGUUCCAAAAAAAAAAUCUUUAUCACCUUUUCUUCUUCUUCUUUUCUUUUUCUUCUUUUUUUGAUGUCCUCUUUUCUUCUUCUUUUUCUUCUUCUUCUUUUUCUUUUCUUUUUCCUCUUUCUUCUUCUUCUACUUUUUUCUUCUUCUUCUUUCUUUUAA